AUGAUGCCUCCUCGAAAGAGGCAACGCCCCAAUCCCGCUGCACUGAGCUCCGUGAGCUCGCCAACCACAGCUUUGUCGCCUGAGACGUCACUGUCACGAGCGUCAUCUGCCUCGGCGCAGCAGGCUAGCCAGCAGAAAAAGCCUCCACUAUCCGACUCCAACAGCGAACGCAAGUCAUCCGAUGCAUCACAAAGAGUGAAAGAGAUUCGGAAGACCAACAGCUGGUACGCAUCGUGGUCGAAGCCCCAAAAGGCAACCCCCUCGACAUCAGUCGCCCGCGAGAACAUCCUCGGAGGCACCGUCAAAUCAAGGGCCGCGCCUGACUUUUCUCGAUUUGAAACGAAGCGAAGCGACGACGACGCGAGCAUGCCCGACGACGCCGAUUCCGUGUCGCCACCCCCUACAAUAACCAACAGCACCUCGAACACCCCGAAUGUAGCCAAGACAGCCGAAGAAAACAAAUCGUCAGUGCCAUCUCAGAGCGGGGACAAAAAUUCCUCUGAAACAGGACGCGCACCGGCCAUGCCGCCAUCUCCCGAGGCAAAGCCGGCCACCGAAGACCAGCAGAAAGCCGCGGAUCCCAAGCCAUCGUCAGAAGAGAGACCAGAGUCGAAGGCUCCUGCCGAUGAAGGCGGUGAAGCCUCAGAUGCCACACGGAAAGAAGUCGCUUCAUCUGGGUGGUUCGGCUGGUGGACCAGAUCCGCACCAGUCGACACUUCCAACGAACCAACCCCGAAACCUGAGGAGACAAAGGAAGAAGCCGUCAAGCCCCCCGAAGUCAUUAAGCCAGCCGAGUCUAAGACAGCCGAGUCUGCGCCGCCCCAGGAACAAGCACCCCCGUCUGAGCCCCCGUCCCCCGACGUAGUCCCUGAACAAGCUCCACAAAGCACCUCUUGGUUAGGUUUCUGGUAUUCCACUCCGCAGCCGAAGACGAAAUCAGCUCCAACAAACAAAAAGUCAAACCUCAACCUCAAAGAAGAGCCGAAGGCAAAGUCUGGAGAUGCGUCGGCCAAGGCCGUCCCUCAACCUGAGCAAGCCGAAGCUCAGAGCCCUCCCCCUAAAGCUGGCUCUACCUGGGCCUUUUGGUCAAGUUAUUCCCCGAAGAGCAAGGGCAAGGCUACCUCACCAGAAUCGGGACAGAUUGCUGUUAUGGGCGAAGGGUCAGAGCAGCGGCCAUCGCCCAUGGCAGAACGGAGGCUUUCUGAAACGGCGGCAAAGGAUACAACAAAGGACGAUGCCGUGCCAGCGGAACCACCCACCGGCGUACUCUCCUGGCGCAGGAGCAAGCGAAUAAGACCCAUAUCGCUGGAUCUCGAUUCUCAGCGUCCGCCAUCUGCAGACAGCACAAAGUCAGCUCCCCCUGACCGGCUAUCCACCACACCGCAGACGGAUUCUAAGAAGAAAAAGCCUGUUCCCGCAUCGAAGAAGACAGCUACUGAAAUCGAACCAACCGUAAAGGAGCCGCCCAACCUUCUCCUUCCAUCAUUCGCUAGCACGUAUCAGAUGAAGGAGAAUCCAUCCAUUCUUCGACAAAUUACAAAUCUCGUGCUUAGGACUUCGCAGCCGCCUCCCAAUCACGUCUUCCGGGUCAAGGACCCUCCCAAGAUACGCAAGGCCAUCGCUAUUGGAGUUCAUGGAUUCUUUCCGGCUUCGUACCUACGUCCCAUGAUAGGGCAACCAACCGGCACAUCUUUGCGGUUUGCAGGGCUUUGCGCUGAUGCCAUUCGCAAAUGGGCUGAAGACCAUGGCUCUCCUGAUUGCGAGAUCGAAAAAGUGGCUCUUGAAGGAGAGGGCAGAAUCAACGACAGAGUCGCAAACCUCUGGAAGCUUCUCCUCAACUGGGUUGAGCAUAUCCGCCAGGCCGAUCUGGUGGUUAUAGCGUGCCACUCCCAAGGAGUGCCUGUCAGCAUCAUGCUCUUGGAAAAAUUGAUCGACCUUGGAGUCCUGGCAAACACCAAGGUUGGCGUCUGUGCCAUGGCUGGCGUUGCCCUGGGCCCUUUCCCCGACUACAAGUCCAGCAUACUCAUGGGCUCAGUAGCAGAGCUGUGGGAGUUUGGAGAUCCUCAGAGCAGCAACUCACAACGGUUUGAGGCAUGCCUCAAGCGCGUCGUUGAUUUCGGAGCCCGUAUCACAUUUGUGGGCAGUAUCGAUGACCAGCUUUCUGCUGUGUACUCGCCUGCAAACCAUCCUUACAUAUAUCGCGCCGUCUUCAUUGACGGCCGGGUACACGCUCCGGAUUUCAUAUCACAUCUUAUCGGCUUUGCACUCAAACUACGCAACCUAGGAAUAUCGGAUCAUGGGCUCAUUCGUGAACUGUCUGUGGCGCUCGCUGGAUCCCUCUACUCGGGCGAAGGCCACUCACGCCUAUAUUUCGACUCCGCCGUAUAUGACCUCGCCGUUAUGCAUGCCUUGGAGACAACUGACACGGCACAGCCGACGCCUUGCGUGAUUCCAAAGCGCGAAACGGCGCCUCUGGCAUCGUCCAACCCAUACGUACUGCCAUGGAUCAUGCGCGGUCUUCUGGAAGAGGACUUUGUCAAGACGCAGCUCAGUGCCGAAACCGAAGAGCUGCUGCGACAAUUCGAUGACUGGAAGCCAACCAACAAAGCUCUCAAGGAUGUAAAGUACCGUCUUGAGGUUGUUCGGUCCAAACUAUGA